CCCCUUCUCUCUCUCCCCCCCUCCGUCGUCCGAUUUCCCGACGCCAUCGUGCGCAUCGCCGGCCAGGACAAGGCAUACAUACAGCGGCCCCGGCCCCUCGUAGAGAAAAGAAGAGACCCACCCAGAGGCAGAGGCCCGCCUCAAAUGCGCCGCCGGCCGCGCGCCGCCGCACGAUGAGCCCCGCCGCGACGGACGCCGGCGGCGACCUCUUCGCCGCCAACCUCAAGGGCGCGCUCCUCGCCGUCGCCUCCUCCGCCUUCGUCGGGGUCAGCUUCAUCGUCAAGAAGAAGGGCCUCCGCCGCGCCGGCGCCGUCGGCUCCCGGGCAGGUGUCGGAGGGUAUGGGUACCUCUGGGAGCCGCUCUGGUGGGUCGGGAUGGUCACCAUGCUUGUUGGGGAGACCGCCAAUUUCGUGGCUUACAUGUUUGCGCCAGCCGUCCUCGUCGCGCCGCUCGGCGCACUCAGCAUCAUUGUCAGUGCUGUUCUAGCCCAUUUCAUGCUGAAUGAGAAGUUGCAGCGGGUGGGCGUCCUGGGCUGUAUUCUCUGCAUUGUUGGGUCGACGGUGAUCAUCCUCCACGCUCCCGAGGAGAGGUCCCCGGACUCGGUGGAGCAGAUUUGGCGGCUGGCAACGCAACCUACCUUCCUUUGCUACGCUGCUCUAGCAGUGGCUGUGUCAUUGCUUCUUAUGCUAUAUUGUGCUCCACGGUAUGGGCAGACGAACAUAAUGAUCUAUGUUGGUAUUUGCUCUGUUAUCGGAUCCCUCACGGUAAUGAGCAUCAAGGCUGUGGGCAUUGCGAUUAAACUUACCAUUCAGGGCGUAAACCAGGCUGGGUAUUUCCAGACAUGGCUGUUUGUGACGGUUUCAGCUAUAUGCUUAAUCAUCCAGUUAGUUUACCUGAACAAGGCAUUGGAUACUUUCAAUACAGCGCUGGUUUCUCCCAUCUAUUAUGCCAUGUUCACAACGCUCACUAUUUUCGCAAGUGCCAUAAUGUUCAAGGAUUGGUCUGGGCAGAGCGCAAGCAUUAUUGCCUCCGAGACUUGUGGAUUUCUCACAGUUCUUGCCGGUAUUAUUGUGCUACAUUCCACCAAAGAAUCCGAUCAAAAUCUGUCCCCAGACCUUUAUGCAUCUCUCACUGCGCCCCUCCCUCCAAAGAUAUAUUGGCACAUCCAAGGAAACGGCGACGUAGGGAAGCAAAAGGAGGACGAGUCGCUUCCCUGCAAUUUCAUCACCGUCGUGCGCCAGGACUACUUCGUCUAGAAAAUUCCCAGGACGGCAUAUGCGUUUCAUAUGUGCCAGCCAGCCUCAAGGCCUUCAUGUGGAGAGGGUGGCCGCCGGGGCCUGUUACGGACGGUAUUAACGCCCUCAAGGCCAUCCUGACCUAAAAAAUGUGAAAAUUUUGCAGACACAUCGUGUUGUACCAUACCAUGACCAAACCGGUUGCGUCGAAGCUAGGUGUUGUAUACUUGUGGACUGUAGAAACCGCACCGUCGUGUGAGGAUGAUGUUGUUGUAGGGGGUUUGUGAGGGAUGUUGUAGAUGAUGUUGCCUGUCUGAUGUGAAUACCAAAGCACACAACACUUUCUGUUGCUAGUGUGACAUUUUGUUUCA